GAUCAUAAGUGGGGGAGAUACCGCCGAUCGGCCUGCCUGCCCCUCGUGAGCGCCGCCGCCGCUUGCUGCCUGCUUUCUCGGAACCUGCGAAAAGGAAAUCGUCGUCGUCGUCUCGCGUACGAACGCCGCACGACAAGUUGGAGCUUGGGAAGCAGUUGGUCCGCACCGAGUUGCUGCAGUGCGUGCGUCGCGAACGUAAAUACAGUGCCGACAAAGCCGACUAUUCGGCAACACUUCGCGUCGGCCUAGUGAGAGAGAAGAAGUGCGUCGGCCCGAGCUGCGCUUUCUCAAGGAGCGUCGCAGCCCGACGGCGUGGCCUGAUUUCGCCGCCCCAGAUUUGGCCAGAAGAGGAUUCGCAAGAUGCGGCCGUCGUCGGUUCGCAGCUGAAAAUCGAAGUGAAUUGAGUGCAUGUGCCAGUGACUCUGGACAGACCGACUGAUUAAAUAGACUCAGCAAGGUUGGACGUAAAAUUUUAUUUGUGAACUCAAGGCUUACUGAUGGACAAACGAAAGAUGCUUCCGAAAAGACCACGAAUGGAGACUUCGCGCUUGGGACCCAUCGCCAACGGCCCGAUGCAGACCCGGCCACUAGUCGCGCUGCUCGACGGCCGAGACUGCUCCAUAGAGAUGCCUAUCCUCAAAGACGUCGCCACCGUGGCCUUCUGUGAUGCCCAAUCCACAUCCGAGAUUCAUGAAAAGGUGCUGAAUGAGGCUGUGGGGGCGUUGAUGUGGCACACAAUCAUAUUAACUAAGGAAGAUUUAGAGAAGUUCAAAAACUUGCGGAUCAUCGUCCGAAUUGGAAGUGGUGUGGACAACAUUGAUGUCAAGGCUGCUGGUGAGCUUGGCAUUGCCGUGUGCAAUGUGCCAGGAUACGGCGUGGAAGAAGUGGCCGACACAACCCUCUGCCUGAUACUCAACCUCUACCGACGCACUUACUGGCUGGCUAACAUGGUGCGAGAGGGCAAGAAAUUCACUGGCCCUGAGCAGGUGCGCGAAGCUGCUCAAGGCUGCGCCAGAAUACGAGGCGACACACUUGGCAUUGUGGGUUUGGGCCGCAUCGGCUCGGCAGUGGCCCUCAGAGCCAAGGCAUUUGGCUUCAACGUCAUUUUCUACGACCCUUACCUCCCUGACGGUAUUGAGAAGUCGCUUGGACUGACCAGAGUGUACACUCUUCAGGACCUACUGUUCCAAUCUGAUUGUGUGUCUCUGCACUGCACCCUGAACGAGCAUAACCACCACCUAAUCAAUGAGUACACCAUCAAGCAGAUGCGUCCAGGCGCUUUUCUCGUCAACACCGCCAGAGGAGGUCUUGUUGAUGACGAGGCCCUCAGUGCGGCACUCAAGCAGGGACGCAUCAGAGCAGCUGCUCUCGACGUGCAUGAGAACGAGCCGUACAAUGUGUUCACAGGUCCGCUGAAGGAGGCCCCGAACCUGUUGUGCACGCCGCAUGCUGCUUUCUAUUCAGACGCCUCAUGCACGGAGCUGCGCGAAAUGGCCGCCAGCGAGAUCAGACGAGCCAUCGUUGGCCGCAUCCCUGAUAGUCUUCGAAACUGCGUCAACAAAGAGUACUUCCUCAACAGCGGCUACCCAGAGGGCAUCAACGGUGGCUUCUACGGCAGUGGCUCGCUGCCAGUGCAGCAGGCACAUUCGACCACCACACACGAAGUGCCCCAUUCUGUGGCUGCUGCUGCGGCCGCCGCCUCAGCCGCGGCCGUCGUCCCUGGUAUUCCACAGCACCUUGUUAGUACUCCUCCUAUCAGCACACCGGACCCUUCGAACCACCAUUCGGCCAAGGCCGAGUCGUCCGAGGCUGUGCACUAACUAACCAGUGCCAACCACCCCGCGUGAGACAAGAAUGACAGACAUGGUCAAGACACGACAGUCACUUAUCCACUGCCGGGACUGCGCCGAGCGGCCACGCCCCCUUACUCCCAUUCACUCGACAGUCGGAUGCAGCCUCCUUGUCCACUUGUCCACCCCCUGACUGACUCGGCCAGUCCCGAAGGCGCUGCUUUUUCGAACGAACGAACGCCGCUGCCCACAAGUACAAAAACAACCGAAACAGCAUCAAUUUCGGAAGCUGCCGCGUCUAAUCUUUUGGCAGAGUGGAGUUUGAUUUUGAAAGUGACCCAAGUGCUUACACAGUUCGGUUUUUACUUACGCUGCUUCUGAAAUUUGCAACCAACCCCGGCAGUGCAGAUAAACGUUCGGAGAGACUCGACUUUGCGUGUUUGAGCCGCGAAACUCGAAGGCCAUGUUAUUCUUACACUACAAAAUAAUGACUAGGACAAUUGAUUAUUUUUUUCAAAACUCCUUAAAGUUAGUCUUAACACUGAUACUAUUAUUAUGAUACAACAUACACGCGUAAGGAUCAUUAUGUAAUGAGAUAAAAAUUAAACGAAGAAAAAAUAUGAAUUGUAAUUUAGUGCAGUUGAUAAAGCGGUGAUGAAGAUGACGACGAUGGGUAUGAAGAUGACGAUAAAAUAAUAAUAUAUAUUGAUUGAUUAAUUUGCUAUUAUUGUAACAAUAUGAUUAGACACACUACGUAAUGGCAACCUCUCUCAUUCAUCAUGUAUGAUUUGUAAUUUCGUCACGCAAACAAACAAAACACGCACCCCAAAAAAAUCAGCCAGUGUUUUGCCGGUACGCCGGUUUGCCGAACAACGUCCGAGAAUCAUGCUGCUUCUUUCGGCAAAAGUUGAAUAAAGAAAAAAAAAGAGUUGUAAAACCGAGCUAGCUUCAAUGGUUAUAGGGUUUGUGGCAUAAAUAACAAGUAAGAAAAUCUCCUCCUCUAACACACUGCGUCCCCCACACUUGUCUUUUUACAUAUCGGCCCGUGGUCGUGCCAUUUUCGCAGAGGCCCCAAAUUCGCGUCUGGGAUUGUGAUCACGAAAAAAUGGCGUCGAGCAGGCCAAUUACGUAGCAACCUUUGGUUUCCCCUGGAUUUAAGCGCGUAGAAAAGAAAAUAGGCUCCUUGUGGCGCCAGAAAAAAAACACGUAUGAUUGCAAAUUACUCACACGAUUUGAUUCACGCUGGCCGUUGACGGACGCCAGUUUCGUAGUGCGAAAGGCGGUUUUAACAUUUUUAAAUUAGCUGACAGGAGGCAUCUACCCAACCCAUCUCUCUCUCAAUCACUCUCACUUAUAUAUUUUCAAAUUCUAUAACAAACCAAUAAAUAUGUGCGUUACAUUUAACGUGGAUGCGAUAUUUGAUGAUCAAAUUGUAAUAUUAAAAAAUUUCUUAAAAUCAUCCCUUGUUAUAAUUUUAAACGGAUGAAAAAUGUUGAAAGAACACAAACGGUUCAGCAAAAUUUCUGCCAAAAUCCAGAUCGAAUCUCGGCGCUUUUGUGUCGCUUUGAACGUUUUUCGCCACACAAACGAACUUUGCUGACCAAGGUCAUUGUACUUUUCAUUUAAUUUUUAGUAAUGGCUGACGCGUCCCUAGCGAGGUUGUUGAAGUUAUGGGGGGCCGUCUUUUGAGACUUGAAUUGCGCGGUUGGGCCUUUCGACGCGCGACCAAUCUGCUCGGUCGCGUGCGUUAUAAUUUUUGCAUUUAUCACUCGCCUUGCUAAUUCGAUUCGUUUUGUGUAAUUCGCCCCCUCCCUGCCCCCUGAUCCCGCCCUUGUUUCCACCCCGUCCUUCUUUUAAUAGUGAUGACACACAUAACACACAUACGAUCACAUACAUACACACACACUCAACACACACGACACACACAAUAUUUUUCUAUUUAUUUUUUAAAACCGACGAUCAUACAAAAGCGAAGACACAAGGGAACCAAUUUCAUCACGCAAUUAGCCAAACGAGUAAUCGCUGUUGAUUAAUGAUUGUGUAAAAUUUCUGAGUAAUCCGCGAAAUUGUUCCACGAUUGGCGAGCUAUCCAGCAAAGUAUCUCUCAUCAUGUUUUAUUUUUGUUUAUUUAGGAUGUUUCUGUAUAGAUUUUUUGACAAAAAUAAAAAUUUGCGAAUAAAAA